CGAACCUAAACCCUAAACGGUGAAGCGGAUAGAAUAAAAGUUCCUCUGAUUCGGCUGGCUUACGGGAUUUGGCCGAGCGAGUGCGUGAAAGGGAGAAAGUUACCUUGACGGCCAGCCAACUCCUGCUCUUGCUUCCGAUCUAACAGCAAAGGGGAUCGGUGGAGGGAGGAUUCAAGCAGGUUGGUCUCUUCCUCUUUCUCUCUCUCUCUCUCUCUCUGUGCAGAUCAGAGCUCACGAUCGAGAGCGAGAGUCGACCGUGUGCAAGGCUCGAACGUCGGGAUGAGGAGGCGAGGUGGACGUUGGCCUUGGGCUUGUGUUCGGCUGGGUGAGGAGAUCGGCGGGAUAGGGUGUAGAGAAGUGGAGCUUCGAUGGCACAGGAGAGUUACGGGAGAAGAAGAGCUCGAAGAUUUCGGGAGGAGAAAUCGCAGAAGCAUAGAGGGAUCGGAGCUCUUGAGAUCGGCACAGUGGAGUUCGUAUCAGAGGAGCGGUGCUUCAGCUCCGUUUCGCUCGAUAUUUAAAGACCCGAAUGGGAGCGGGAUCGAGGGAUCGACACAGGAUUUUUGCAGAAAUCCCGAAACGGCGCCGGAUGUACAGUGGUAUUGCGGGAUUUUUGCAGAAUUUACGGGAUUUAGAAGAGGUAAUUUGCAGCUAUCCAUUCCCAGGGCUCAUGGACAUCGAAUUGAUCCAUUUGUUAUAAUGGAUGUUAGAUAGAGUUGAAGUACUAAGUAAAGUAGAAGAUAAGUUACCUUGCCAUAGCUCAUAGAAGAUUUUCUCCUCAAAGAAGAAUUUUGAUAUAUUCUCAUAACAUAAAUUUCUUUUGUAGUUUCGUAAACUUCAUUGGAGGCAGAGUAAGAAAUUCUCUUCUAUCUCAAUAAACAAGGAGCUAAUAAAUCAUAGCAUCACCGUAUUGUUUUGUUAUUUCCAAACCUUGUAAGUUAAAUAUCUUUUUCCUGGUGUAGGGGUUGAUCCAAUCAGAUAGUAAUCUUUGCCUCUACCUAAGAUUAACAUCAUCACAGACUGUGACCAUUGGAGAUGGUUGCGGUUAUUAAGCUUGGUCCUGUGACUGGAAGAAGUUUGCUAUAUGCCAUGUUGAUUAGCCGGAUGGAAAGAACAAGGUUUAAAAUACGGUCAUACUGAUGGAAAAAAACAAGGUUUAAAAUAACAAGGUCACUUAUACCAUGCAAAAACUGAGAACGGGAGAAGAGAAAAAAAUGUUACUUGUUCGAAUUCAUUCAAAACUGUUACAUACAAAUAUAGCUAAUAAAAUAGUAAUAAUACAGUUUUAAUAGAAAAAUAUGAUUUCAAAA